GCCCCGAGCCUCCGCCCCGGCUCGCUUCCUCCGCCCCGCCCGCCGGCCCGCGGAUCUUUCGCAGCUGCUGGCUGCUCGCGGCUCGCCCGCGCCGGCUGUUUGCCAUUUCCCGGCCCCUGUUCCUGAGCGCUCUGCCCCUGCGUGCGGGAGGGAGGCUGGAAGAGAGCCGUGCGGCGUCCAGAGGGGCAGCCGGGCCGAGCGCAGGAGGAGGCGCCCUCUGCGGUCACCGCCGCCCCGCGCGAUCCCCGCGGCCGGCCACUCUCGGACGCGGACGGCGAGCGGGCCCGGGGACGGCCCGACCCCAGGAUGGCCUCCACCACCACCUGCACCCGGUUCACGGACGAGUACCAGCUCUUCGAGGAGCUCGGAAAGGGGGCUUUUUCGGUGGUGAGGAGAUGUAUGAAAAUCCCUACUGGUCAAGAAUAUGCUGCCAAAAUCAUCAACACCAAGAAGCUUUCUGCCAGGGAUCAUCAGAAACUGGAAAGGGAAGCUAGAAUCUGCCGUCUUCUGAAGCACCCCAAUAUUGUGCGGCUCCACGACAGCAUAUCAGAAGAGGGCUUCCACUACUUGGUGUUCGACUUAGUUACUGGGGGCGAACUGUUUGAAGACAUUGUGGCGAGAGAAUACUACAGCGAGGCUGACGCCAGCCAUUGUAUACAGCAGAUUCUAGAGAGUGUAAACCAUUGUCACCUCAACGGCAUAGUUCACAGGGACCUGAAGCCUGAGAAUUUGCUUUUAGCUAGCAAAUCCAAGGGAGCGGCUGUGAAACUGGCGGACUUCGGCCUGGCCAUCGAAGUCCAAGGGGACCAGCAGGCAUGGUUCGGGUUCGCGGGCACGCCCGGCUACCUCUCCCCCGAGGUCUUACGGAAGGACCCCUAUGGGAAGCCAGUGGACAUGUGGGCCUGCGGCGUCAUCCUGUACAUCCUGCUGGUGGGCUACCCCCCGUUCUGGGACGAAGACCAGCACCGGCUCUACCAGCAGAUCAAGGCCGGCGCGUACGACUUUCCGUCCCCAGAGUGGGACACGGUGACUCCUGAAGCCAAAGACCUGAUCAACAAGAUGCUGACCAUCAACCCCGCCAAGCGCAUCACAGCCUCCGAGGCGCUCAAGCACCCCUGGAUCUGCCAACGCUCCACGGUGGCGUCCAUGAUGCACAGGCAGGAGACGGUGGACUGCCUGAAGAAGUUCAACGCCCGCAGGAAGCUAAAGGGCGCCAUCCUGACCACGAUGCUGGCCACGAGGAAUUUCUCAGCAGCCAAGAGUUUGCUGAAGAAGCCGGACGGCGUGAAGAUAAACAACAAAGCCAACGUGGUAACUAGCCCCAAAGAAAAUGCCCCUCCCCCGGCGCUGGAGCCCCAAACUACUGUAAUCCACAACCCCGACGGAAACAAGGAGUCCACGGAGAGUUCCAACACCACGAUCGAGGACGAGGACGUGAAAGCACGGAAGCAAGAGAUCAUCAAAGUCACCGAGCAGCUGAUCGAAGCCAUCAACAACGGAGACUUCGAAGCGUACACAAAAAUCUGUGACCCAGGCCUUACGGCUUUUGAACCUGAAGCUUUGGGCAAUUUAGUGGAAGGAAUGGACUUUCAUCGAUUCUACUUUGAAAAUGCGCUGUCCAAGAGCAGCAAGCCGGUGCACACCAUCAUCCUGAACCCGCACGUGCACCUGGUGGGCGAGGACGCCGCCUGCAUCGCCUACGUGCGGCUCACGCAGUACCUGGACGGCGGCGGCCUGCCCAGGACCAUGCAGUCCGAGGAGACCCGCGUGUGGCACCGCCGCGACGGCAAGUGGCAGAACGUGCACUUCCACCGCUCGGGGUCGCCCACGGUGCCCACCAACUAAGUGUCCACAGGGCCACGUCGGCACCGUGCCUCCAGGCCCCGGGACGGGACCGGGCCACCCCGCCUGCGGGAGGGCGUGAGGCGUGAAGGCCGGACCUGGUGCCCGCGGGACGCGCGUCUCGCCUCGCCGUCACCCUCCUGUCCGCGUUCACGCCUCACCGCGGAGCGAGCGCCGUGCAGGCCGCGGGGGCCGCCCAGGCCGCGACCCCCCAGCCUGCCCCUCUCUGCUGUCGAUGCCAAGAUUGGACAGACUCCCGUGGCUGUUCUCCUGAGGACGGCAUGUAAGGAAAGUGUAAAUUUUUAAAAACUCUUCGCUAUUAAUCUGUGUUGGCUUGUUUAACAAUAAGGGCAACGGCGCGUUCUGCUUCCUGGCGUGACCCCGGCUGAGGCAGCGUUGGACCUGAAUGCGCAGCCGCCAGAGCGGCCGCGGGAGCCGCCGCAUUCGGGCCUCACUGCAGGCGGAAAGCUCGCGUCACGCCCGAGUGCGAUCGCUUGCGGGUGCUGGUUCUGCGCUGGGGAGCACUUGGGACUGAGUUUUGUGUCUCUCAAGCCUGCUGUUUUCUUCAUUUUACCCCAUUUUUUCCUAGCUUUUUCCCCAUUCUCCUCUUUACUUUUCUCCUGUCCGAUCGUGAGGGGGAAGGGUGCCGCCCGCGUGAUGAAGCGGAGUAAGCGGCCGCCGGCCCGCGGUUCGAGCGCGCCCUUCGGCCGCUCGGUCGGGGCUGCGCAGGGCUUCCCUUCACCGGGAGCCGGGAGCACACAGGGCCCGCGGUGGGGAUCGGUGGCGGCCGAGGCCCCGUCCCGUGACGGGCUUGUGCCGCAGCCACCGGGGCCGGGCGCCCGCACACGGCCGCGUUUCUGGAGCGAGAGGGGCCACGGGCAUCUCCACGCCCUGCCCCGUGUCUGAACUUAAGUGUUGUGACGUGUGCUUCUCAGCGUCUCCUUUUGUCCGAGCAACAGCGCGUCCCCGAGAGGAGUUGGGGUUCCCCAGUUCCCGGGAAAGCCGGGGAGUGCUGGGGCCCUGCCGUGUCUGCGCCCCUGGGCCCCCCGCUGCUCCCACGGCGACGCGCGCCCCCAAGCCUGCGCUGACGGCAGAAACGACACGCGCGCGUCCCUGCCCUCCCGUUGCACCUCCUGUGUUCACGGCGCAUCACUUAGGUAUCGUUGCUAGUGGAUGUACGGUAGACAGAUUGAAGCUUUUCUGAUAAUUGCUACAUGAUUUAAAACAAUACAUAUUUAAACUAAACAUAUACAGUAAAUGUAUUGAGCCAUGUUGACCUGCCAAUGAAAUCUGUGAAGUAACAGCCUCCUUUCUCCUUGUUAAUUUCUUUCACUUUUCUGUGAAAUGGCUGCACGUGGCGUACAUGUGUUUAAACAAUAGGCGUCCCGUGGUUGUCUGGCACUCGGAACCGAGCCUGUCGUGUUGACGGGUCGCCGUGGCCCUGCCCACCCCGCACCGAGGUGCCGGCUACGCGCUCGCUCCCCGCGGCGGGGUUCACGUCCGUCACCUUCUGCAGUUCACCACGGGACACUGUACAUAUUUCUUGCCAUAAUGGUAAAUGACUGAUUGAUAUAUUUAAGAGUUAAUAAAUUUGUGAUU